AGUUGCUCCUGGCCACUUACAAUGAUGAAACUGUGAAUGUAGACAUGGAUGUGAACAUCACUAACUACAAGCAGGCUGUUGAAGCUUGCCACCAAUGGGAGAAGAGCUCUGUAUGCCUAGCUCAGUACUAUGACCGUGUGCUAGGUGUGAUGGCAGAAGAGGAUAGAAAUACCAUUGGAGGGGAGAUUCAGGUAAAUAUGGUAAAUUCCUAUGGAAAGUCAUUACGCUAUGGUUGCAGCUACAUCUACCAAUCAAUGCCACGUAUGCUGAGUAUAUGGCUGGAUUUUGGAACAAGUCUUUCUGAGAUGGAGAAGGAUAGGGACAAAACAAGGGGAAAGCCAGAUGAAAUGACAGGCAUGAAGACAAGCUUGGACAAGAUGACCAGGAUUAUUGAUCAGUUGAUAGAAGAUCUGCCACCAUACAUGUUCCUUACAGCAUUUUCACAACUGGUGUCACGAAUUUGCCACCCACAUCCAGAUGUUUUCAAACACCUGAAGACCAUCAUAGCAUACAUGCUGUUGGUGUACCCUCAGCAGUCAUUGUGGAUGUUAAUGCCUGUGUACAAGUCCUCGUCCAUGUUUCGGGCCAAGAGGUGUGAAGAUGUGCUUAAUGAUCCCAUAUUCAGAAACACGAAGAAUAUGAAGCUUUUAAAUGACUUCACUCGGCUGACAGAGAAGCUUAUUGAAUUGACUGAGAAACCCAUUGGAGCUGAUGUCAGAAACAUUACAGUGAGUACUUUAGUUAGCUCACUUCCUCGUCUUCUAAAAUCACCAGAUUUCAGUGACAUUAUGAUGCCAUGCCAGCAGUUCACAGUCAUUCAACUGCCCACUGAUGAAAACAGAAUAAUUGGCCAUGACCCAUUUCCAGCAAAGCAGGUGUUCAUCAAGGAGAUAUGUGAUGAACUCACUGUCUUGCCAUCACUACAGAAGCCACGACGUAUUUCGUUCAUUGGUUCGGAUGGAAACCAAUACAUGAUGAUGUGCAAAGCAAAGGAUGAUUUACGUAAAGAUUUCCGUUUCAUGGAAUUCAACAAUGUGGUAAAUCGAUAUUUAAGAAAGGAUCCUGAAUCAAGACAGCGGGGAUUAUACAUUAGGACAUAUCAUGUUGUCCCAUUGAAUGAAGAGUGCGGUAUUGUUGAGUGGGUCCCCAAGUUGGUGGCAUACCGUAACAUACUUAUAAGACUAUACAAGGAAGCUGGGAUUUACACAAAUAAUAAACAGCUAAGAGAUCUGUCAAGUCACCUAUCAGACUCCCAUUCUGCAAAGCGAGAGAAAUUUGAACGAUUUUUGCUCCCCAAACAUCCACCAGUAUUUGAUGAGUGGUUCAGAUUCACCUUUCCGGAGCCUUAUGCUUGGUGAGUGAUUCCUUUUAACAUUUAGAAAGAAAG